AGUUGGUGGUGGCGGCGGAUAACCACAUUACCCAUAAGUCUGCGGUGCGCGUCGGCGGCGGCUGAGCCAAUGAAGACACGAGAGGGUGACGUUGGCAUGCGUGCGCACUGGGUGGGGGGCGAGACUUCCGGCGUCCACUCUCCGUGUCGUUUUAGUUGCUCUCGGUUUCACGGGUUCAGGGCUUCUCAGGCGGUUGGUUGGCGCAGAGGUGACGGAGUGGGAGAGCGCGGAGAGAGUCGCUGUCCUCAUCGCUGAGGCGGCUGCGAGGCGCCCUCGCCCCCGUCCGGUCGCCCGCCGCGUCCCGCCCCGCUCUUCACACUGGUCGGAGGCCGAGGCCGCGCCGGUGAAGCCGGCGCAGGGCCAGUGGGAUGAGCCGCUGUCCGGUCCAGGGCCUCCAACAAGCCCCCUUCUGAGGAUUAAGUAGCAACAGUUCUUGUCGCUGUGUGGACCCGCAGCUUGUCUGCGUACCCAGCCUUUUCCUACAACUGGCCAACGGUCCCAUGGCGGUGGCAGAAAUGCUUAUGGACCCCGUGCAGAGCCGCGUGGUCUUUGAGGACGUGGCCAUACACUUCUCCCAGGAAGAGUGGGGCCUCCUUGAUGGAGCUCAGAGACUCCUGUACCGUGCUGUGAUGAUGGAGAACUUGGCGCUUCUGUCCUCCCUAGGUUGUUGGCAUGGAGCACAGGACGAGGAGGCAUCACAGGUCAGGACUCCAAAGCCAGACUCUUCCGUCCAGGAGGCCCAGUGUGAGAAAGACAUGUUGCCCUCGGCUGAGCAGGAUGGAAUGUACUCUGAUCAGGAACUAUAUAUUUGUGGGGCAAACCAAAAGGAAUGGAUUGAAGACCAGUUUUCUAGAAGGGAGGAGGGGAGGCCUUCCUCUGCAACGAACGACAGUGUUCACGUGGCAGAGAGUAGCUGCACGUGCUGCAAAGACGGAAAGGACUUUCCGGCCGGCACAGGCCUGCCCCAGCACCUGACCCCUUGCAGUGCAUUGAAACCACACAGGGACCCCGAGUGCGGGGAGGCCUUUGAAAGCGGACAGAGUGAUUACAAGUGCAUUCAGUGCGGGAAGGCCUUCAGGCAAAAACAGGUACUUGGUGAGCACCAGAAAAUCCACACUGGAGUAAGACCUUACGAGUGCAGCAAAUGUGGGAUGGCCUUCAUUAGAAAGUUCCACCUUGUUCAGCACCAGAAAAUCCACACUGGAGAAAGGCCUUUUAAGUGCAGUGAAUGUGGGAAAUUCUUUCGGUACAACUCCACACUCGUUAGUCACCAGAGAGUUCACACUGGAUUAAGCCCUUAUGAAUGUAGCAAAUGUGGGGAAUUCUUUAAGUACAAUGCCAACUUCAUGAAACAUCAGAAACUUCACAAUGGAGAAAGGCCUUAUGAAUGUAGAGAAUGUGGAAAAUUCUUUAGGUACAACUAUAGACUCAUACGACAUGAGAGGGUUCAUACUGGAGAAAGGCCUUAUGAAUGCAGCGAAUGUGGGAAAUUUUUCAGGUACAGCUCCACGUUCAUUAGGCAUCAGAGAGUUCACACUGCAGAAAAGCCUUAUGAGUGCAAUGAAUGUGGCAAGUUCUUUAGGUACAAUUCCACACUCAUUAAACAUCAGAGGGUUCAUACUGGAGAAAGGCCUUAUGAGUGCAGGGAAUGUGGGAAAUUCUUUAGGUACACCUCUACGCUCAUUAGACAUCAAAGAGUUCACACUGGAGAAAGGCCUUAUGAGUGCAGCUUGUGUGGGGAAUUCUUUAGGUACAAGUCCAAACUCAUGAAACAUUGGCAAAAUCACACUGGGGAAAGGCCUUAUGAGUGCAGCGAAUGUGGGAAAUCCUUUAGGUACCACUGCAGACUCAUUAGACAUAAGAGAGUUCACACUGGAGAAAGGCCUUAUGAGUGCAGCGUGUGUGGGAAGUUCUUUCGGUACAACUCCAACCUUAUUAAACACUGGAGAAAUCACACUGGAGAGAGGCCUUAUGAGUGCAGCGAAUGCGGGAAAGCCUUUAGCCACAAGCAUAUACUUGUUGAGCAUCAGAAAAUCCACACUGGAGAAAGGCCGUAUGAGUGUGGCAAAUGUCAGAAGGCCUUCAUUAGAAAGUCCCACCUCGUUCAUCACCAGAAAAUCCACAAUGAAGACAGAUCUAUGAGCACCAUAAAUGUGGAGAAGGCUUUAGAUACAACUCCAACCCAUUAGUGGAGAAUUACACUCGUAAAGCAACUUGUAAAUGCAGAGAAUAUGGUGAAUCUUUUAGGUACCACUUUAAGCUCAUUACCCUGGAGAAGCACCUUAGAAGUACAGUAAAACCUUGGUUUGAGAGUAUAAUUCCUUCCAGAAACAUGCUUGCAAUCCGGAGCACCCAUAUAUCAAAGCGAAUUUCAAGAACCACUGGCCCAGUUGUGAUCAUGGGAUGUUCGGCGUCACUUACUACUUGUAUUGCAAGACGUAGCUCGUUUAUCAAGUUAAAAUUCAUGAGAAGUAUUUGCUAGUCUUGAGCAAUAGUUGCAGAACAAGUUACUCACAAUCCAAGGUUUUACUGGGUAGUGAACGUGGGAAAUUGUUUUGGUGCAGUUCACCAUUCAUUAGACAUCAAGAAGUCGCUGGAGGAGGACCUUGGAGUGUAGUCAGUGUGGUCUUUAGGUGCAACUCCAGCCCCAUUCCACUUCAGAGAAUUCACAAUGGAAGAACAUCUUAUCUGUGCAACAAAUACGGGCGUUUGUUCAUCUAAAAGUCCAACCUCUUUUGGCCCCCAAAAGUUCACACCAGAGAACAUUGCAAAGGGGGAAAGACUUCAGCCAAAUACCGGCUCUCAUUUAUCCCUGGGAACCACUGUAAUAUAGUUCUUUAUUUUACAUGUGUGUUGUGCACACCUAGCACAGCUUACCCUCUCUCUGUGCACUUAGUAGUGUUAAAAAUUUCACACAUUUGUGCAACCUAUUUCCAGAAUUCCUUUCAUCUGGCAAAAUUGAAACUAGACCCACGAGACAAGCUUCUACCCGCCACCCCCCACACCUGGCAGCUAUGUUUUUAUACUGUGUCUCUAUGGAUUUGACUGCUCUGGAGACCUCAUGUAAGUGGAAUCAUACGGUAUGUGUCUUUUCGUGACUGGCUUAUUUUGCUUAGCAUAGUUUCCUCAUUUGUCAGCAUUUCCUUCUGUUUUGAGAAAGAAUCAGAGUUAAUAAGAUAUUGGGGAGUGUGUCAAUGCAGUCAGUACAGCUUUGCCAGAUGUGAUAUUUCGGGAGGAAGAGGAGAUCCAGAUUUUAUAUGGUAUCUUUAUUUCUUAACAGCUUUAUGGAGGUAUUGACAUAUGUUAAACUGCAUUUAUUGAAGGUGUAGGAUAUAUUUUCAUAUAUGUAUGCACAAUGGGAGCAUUGCCAGAGCCAUAAUGAAUAAUCCAUAACCCCUAUAUAUAGUUUCCAUCGGCCCCUUGUACUCUCUCUCUCCCAGUCCUACGCAACUUGCUAUCCCCAGGUGGGCACUGUCAUUUGCAUUUUCUAGAAUUUUAUAUAAAUAGAAUCCUACGCUUACUCUUGUAUAGCUGUGUUUACUAAGUGCAUAUAUGUAUUUUUAGUAUUGUCCAUGUUGUGUGUGCAGAAGCAUGGCACUGGAUAACCGGCAAGGCUCUGUGUUAUGUAUUAGAGCUGCACUGUUCAUAAACAACAAAGGUGCUAAUAAUCACUGAGUAUAAGAGUUGUUUAGAAUGGAAAAUGAAGUUUAGAUAAAAUAAAUUUAAAUUCAGUUUUAUAUGAAUUCAUUAUCAAUAAAAAAUCUUGAACCAUCUGAAACAC